AUGCCUAAAGCAAGCGGCGGUGUCGACAAUGAGACGGAGUACGAAAAGAUUCGGCGGGAGAACAUGCUCAGUAACCAGAAGUUGCUGCAAGACCUUAUGCUCCAGAAGAUGGACUGUCCAGCGGGGUUGGCCGCCGGAUUCGCAGUGCUCGGAAUCGACGAGCCCAAACCCAAACCCAAGCCGAAGGCAAAGAAAGCGCCCAAGCCCAAGGUCACAAAGCCCAAAGCCGAAGCCGAAGCGGAUGAAGACGGCGACGGAGAUGAAGAGACGCUAGAAAGGGACGGAAAAGGAACCCGGCGCAGCGCUCGAAAUGCGGGUAAACCUGUCGUUUCCUAUGCCAAGGACGGCGAAGGCAUUGUUGAUCGAUCCAAGAUGCCCAAGAUGGUUUCCAGGCCUGAUAAACAGUGGAACGAGGACGAUUCUGACCAAGGCGAAGACGAAGAAGGAAAGGUUAGAGUGAAUAAGCUUGUUGGCCGUGUUCAUGAUCCGAAAACAUUCGGACUUAUCCCUGGAGUGUCUAUUGGUUCGUGGUGGGAGACUCGCGCAGAAUGUUCAGCUGCUGCUAUCCACGCUCCGUUUGUUGCCGGCAUCUCCGGAGGUCCUGAGGGGGCGUACAGCGUUGCUUUGAGUGGAGGAUACGAUGAUGAUAUCGAUAUGGGCGACGCUUUUACCUACACCGGUUCAGGAGGUCGCGAUCUCAAAGGGACAGCCAAAAACCCAAAGAACCUCCGCACGGCUCCUCAAUCAUCCCAUCAGUCCUUCGAACACUCCUUCAACAAGGCUUUGAAGGUGUCUUCCGAGACAAGGAAGCCUGUCCGUGUCAUUAGGGGGUUCAAGCUCCAGAGCGUCUACGCCCCCGAAUCUGGAUACCGAUACGAUGGUCUUUACAUCGUCGAACGCGCAUGGAUGGAUCGGGGCAAUAACCCCAAGGGAUGGAAGGUUUGCAAGUUUGCGUUUAGGCGUAUUCCGGGUCAGCCUCCCGUUCCUGUUCAGGGAAAAACUCCCAAGGCUUCGUCGGCUUCCGAGGACCUGGAUAUGAACGAGGAAACAGACGGCCAAAAGAGCGAAGAAGAAACAGAAGCUCAAGGAGAGACCGAGGCCGACGACGACAAGGAAGAGGACGAGAAGAAACCGAAAAACGGUAAAGGCAAGUCGAAGCCUAACGCCGGACCCAGGUCAAAGUCCGGUGCCAAGUCCAAGUCUAAAGCCAAAGCCAAAGUCGAGGAAGAGCCUGAGUCUGAGGAAAAAGAGGCAGAAGAAGAAGAAACGGAAGAAGAAAAGCCCGCGCCUAAGAAAAGGGGAAGACAGUCUAAAGUCGAGGCGACAGAGUCGGUGGUCGAGGAUAAACCAAAGCGGGGACGGAAACCAGAACCCAAGCCUAAACGAGGAGAAGAACCCGAGCCCGAAGAAGACCAACCGGCCAUACGAAGGUCGGCUCGUGCCAAAUCCAAGGUACAGAGCGAACCCGAGUCGUCGGAGCCUGUCUCGAAGAGGGGUCGUAUGCCCAAGGCCAAGAGCGAGGGCGAAGAUGAGAACGAAAACGAAGAAGAGGAAGAAGAAAGCGUUCCUCCUGCCAAGAAAAGUAAAGUCGAAGAGGACCCCAAGAAGCGAGGAUCUGGUCGGCCGACAAGGAACAAAAAGUAG